GCCUUGGAGGAGCAGUGGGUGCUGUCCGGUUCUCUGCUCGGUGUCCCCGUCUGCUUCCCUUGGUUUAUUCCAUGACCUCACUCCCGACCCUGUUCCACCCUUAGCUGGCCCCGGGCAGUUAACUGAGAUCCGAACCUUGCGGCUGCUCCCCGGAGGCUGGGGCAGGGCCCUUUAGCAGUGGGCGGGCGAUCCCCGGGGCCAGCCCAGCCCGGUGUCUACCCCUCCGGGGCCUCGGCCAGCUCCUCCCCCGCUCGCCCCAGGCGCCGCUCUUAAGGGGCCGGGUGGCUUUAAGAGGGACGCCCCAGCCCCGCCUGCAGCCGCCCGUCACGGCUGCUGCGGAGCUGCGCGGCGGAGCAGGCCGGCGGCUGCAGCAGGGGCAAUGGCAAUGGCAAUGGGCGCCCGCCGCCCCGGCCCGCCCGUGGCCCUGCUGCUGCUGCUCCUGGGCCUCCUGCCGCCCGCCCGGCCCCUCUCCGGGCCCGAGACGCGCCGCAGCUCGGUGCUGCUGGACCCCGCCUCGGGCCAGCUGCGGAUCGUGCCGGGCUGGGACCCCGCCGCCGUCGCCUGGGCCAACCUCACCGACCGGAUCCAAGACACGGGGUGGUCCUUCCUGGAGUUGGCCACCAACGAGAAGUACAAUGACAGCCUGCAGGCCUAUGCUGCGGGACUGGCCGAAGCCACUGUGUCCGAGCAGCUCAUCUACAUGCACUGGAUGAACACCAUGGUGGGCUAUUGCGGCCCCUUUAAAUACCAGACUGUCUACUGCGAGAAGCUGAAGAGCUACAUAGAGACCAACCUGGCCUGGAUGGAGGAGCAAAUGGAGAACGGAGAUCUGGAGUACUGGUACCAGGUGCGCCUGGCUCUGCUGCAGCUCAAGGGCCUGGAGGAUGGUUAUAACGGGCGAGUGGCUUUCCCGAUUGGACGGUUCUCAGUCGCCCCGUUUGGCUUUCUCUUGUUCCAGCUGGGUGGGGACCUGGAGGACCUGGAAUCGGCCUUAAACAGAACGGAAAGGAAGUACACGCUGGGCUCGGGGUCUUGCUCCGCACUCCUCAAGCUGCUGCCGGGGAACCAGGAGCUCUUGGUCUCCCAUGACACCUGGAACACUUACCAGUCCAUGCUGCGCAUCAUCAAGAAAUACACGCUACCUUUCCGGACCUCAGCCCACAGUGACGACAUGAUCUCGGGGCACGUCCAGACAUUCUCAUCCUAUCCCGGCACCAUCUUCUCAGGAGACGACUUCUACAUUUUGAGCAGUGGCUUGGUGACUUUGGAAACCACCAUUGGGAACAGCAAUGCUGUCUUGUGGAAAUACAUCCAUCCGGAAGGGAGUGUCCUGGAGUGGCUGAGAAAUAUAGUGGCAAACCGGCUAGCCAGAAGCGGGGCCGAGUGGGCUGCCAUCUUCCAGCAGUUCAACAGUGGCACGUACAACAACCAGUGGAUGAUUGUAGAUUAUAACGCCUUCCUGCCAGGCAAAGCUGGCCUCCAGCAGGGGGUGCUCACGGUGCUGGAGCAGAUCCCGGGGCUGGUGGUCGUGGCUGACAAAACAGAGGAGCUGUACCAGAAGGGGUAUUGGGCCAGUUACAAUGUGCCGUACUUUGAGCAGAUCUUCAAUGCCAGUGGCCAGCUGGAGCUGGUGAAGAAAUACGGCGACUGGUUCACCUACGACAAAAGCCCCCGGGCCCAGAUCUUCAGGCGCAAUCAGACGCUCGUCCAAGACAUGGACUCCAUGAUCCAGCUCAUGAGGUUCAACAACUUCCUGAAGGACCCGCUGUCCCGGUGCCAGGGCUGCGACCCACCCCAGAACGCCGAGAACGCCAUUGCUGCCAGGUCGGAUCUGAACCCUGCCAACGGGACCUACCCCUUCGCUGCGCUGCGCCAGCGUUCGCACGGGGGCACGGACAUGAAGAUCACAUCCUAUGCGAUGGCCAAGGGCUACAGCCUGAUUGCUGCCUGCGGGCCCACUUGGGACGAUGUCCCCCCUUUUCAGUGGAGCACCUCUCCCUACAGCAACCUGCUUCACAUGGGGCACCCUGACCUCUGGAAAUUCCCCCCCAUCAAGAUCUGGUGGGACUGAAGUGGAGACUGGAUCCCCUGUCAUCUGUGGCCGAAUGAGUUGGAGCAGAGGUGCUGAUGGUGUGUCUCAUCUCCCUCUCUGUUUCCGUAUAGUCUGGACUCUGGUCUAUCCCCUGUGGGGCUGCUCCAUCCCCAGCAGCAGUUCCCCUGAGAAAUAAGGGAAGAAUGUAUCUCUUUUCAGGGGGAACACAGGGGAUACAUGGGAUGGGGGGAAAUGACAGAAGGGGCAGCAUGAUUAUCUUGGGUACAGUGCAGCGACUACAUCAAAUUUUGUCCUGUCGUAAGUGGCUGGAGCUUGUUGAAACCGAUGGCCAUUGCACCUGCUUCUGCCAGGCCUUGGUUUGGCCCAGUGGACGUAGCUUGUAAUUUUGCUGCAUUGUCUUAGCUUGCAAACUGGCUUCUUGCCCUCUGAACAAACUGUGAUGCUCCCCAGAAGCUAGGGGAACCCCAGCCUCUUCUCCUGCCCCCCAGCUCCCCUCCUUUCCUGCCCCGCUGGUUGUUUGGUCACUGUCACUCCCGCCUCCAAAGACCAGAGCUGCCACCAGGUCCCACCACAAGGAGGAGCUGCCUGCUGGGAGGGUGAAGCUUGGCCCACCCCUGGCUGCCAACUCCUGAGCAGCGAGCAGUGACCCAUGGCAAGGAGCACUAUCGUUCUCUGUAGUGGAAUCGGAGCUAUCCCCUCUGCAUGUAAUGCACAGAGGUAGGUUUGCCUCUCCAUACCCUAACCCUCAGUGCUGAACCUUGGGGGUGUAUCAUCCCAGCUGGUGUCUGGCAGCCCCAGGAAGAUCCCUGGCAAAGUGCCCACCCCUUCGCUGCAUCUCUCCGCACUGCCCUCCAGUGCCUGGGGGUGACUGCCCGUGCUGCCUUGGAAUCUUCCGCUGCUGUUUGUUGCACUUGUGGCUCAGGUGAUGCCCUUGCCCCUUGCUUUGCUGGCUCUAGUCCAAAGCAAAAGCCCAGCAGGCUGCAUGCAGGGUGCAGCCUCAACCUAAAAUCUUUCUACUUUUGUGCCUGUUGUACCCACUACCUCCCGAGGCCUGGACCACAGGGUGCCACAGGCAUGUGGCUUGUGCAGGUGAGGAAGCUUUUGCCUGCUAAAGGGAAAUGGAGCAGGGUUAGUCAGGAGGCCACCAGGGCAAACCUCAUUCCCCUUGAAAAGUAACAACAAGGAAGGCUUAAAGCCAGGCUCAGAUGCUGCAGAUGCCCCUGGCUCCCUGGGCAGAAGUGUUCUCACCCCUUGGCUUAGCUGCCAGCUGGCCCCAAGUGGAGCUGCAGCACGGGGCUUGUUCUGCGGCCCCAGUGCAAACUCUGGAGUUCUGGGCUCGUGUGCAAAUGAGAUUAAAGAGCUGUUUGGCUUGGUUUUAGU